AUGGCCCUUUGGGCAGGCAUACGGGCUGCUCUCCUUGGACUGGCCCUCCUGCUGUUUCUCUGUCCAUCACCAGGCUGUUGCCAAGUCGACAGGCCCCGCCUCCAGUUCACCCAGCAGCUUUAUCAUGCGUCGGUUUACGAGAACUCGGCGGCUCGCACCUACGCGAUGAGCCAGGUACGCAUGGGUGUGGCUCUGCAGCAGCGAUCCUGGGAGGUACGAUACCGGAUCACAGCGGGGGACGAGGAAGGCUUCUUCAAAGCCGAGGAAUACUUGUUAGGAGAUUUCUGUUUCCUCCGGAUACGCACAAAAGGGGGCAAUGCUGCCAUCUUGAACCGGGAGAUUCAGGAUAACUAUGUGCUGACAGUGAAAGCCUCAGUUAAAGGUGACAGCCUGGAGGCAUGGACUAAAGUUAGCGUUCAGGUGCUGGACAUGAAUGACCUUCGACCUCUUUUCUCCCCAACCACUUACUCCGUCACCAUCCCAGAGAGCACACCUUUGCGCACCAGCAUCGCUCAGGUCACAGCCACAGAUGCAGACAUUGGAUCUAAUGGAGAGUUCUACUAUUUUUUCAAAGAGCGGGUGGAGUUGUUUGCGGUGCACCCCACCAGCGGAAUUGUCUCGCUCAGUGGAAAACUUGAUGUCGAUGUACAGAGCCGCUACGACCUGGAGAUCCAGGCUGUCGAUCGCGGGAUGAAGCUAUAUGGAAACAACGGAGUGAGCAGCACAGCUAAACUGUUUGUGCACGUAGAGCGCAGAAAUGAGCAUGCACCCGUCCUAACUGUAGUUACACUUACACCUGUUUGGUCGGAGAAAACGCCCGUGGUAACUGUGAUUACAGUGGAGGACUUGGAUGAAGGGGCGAACGGAGAGAUUGAGGGGGUGAGCAUCGUAGCUGGGGACCCUCUGGAGCUGUUUAGUGUAGAACGGACAGAAGGAGAGAGCGAGGGAGAGGUGGACGGAGGUAGAGAAAGGGGGAGUGAGUUUGUCCUCCGUGCACCUGAGCAGCUCGAUUGGGACAGCUACCCUUACGGCCUGAACCUCAGCUUGCAGGCGCGGGACUCCGGAACGCCUCAGAAAUUCUCGGCCGUGCACGUGGUGCACUUGCGGUUGCAGAGACCGUCCCCCUUGGAGGUGCGCUUCCAGAAAGAGGACUACGAGGUCACGCUGAGUGAGGUGGCUCCGCCCGGCACCAUAGUGGAAGCCGUAAAGCUCCAGCCUGAGCCGGACGAUGCAGAGUACGUUCUCACCCCGUCUGCUGACUCAGCCUUUUUUAGUAUUAACACACUAACUGGAGUGAUCAGUACAGCCCGCUGGCUUACCCAGGUCAACCAGGAGGUGUUUGAACUGGAAGUAGUAGAGGUGGACAGCGAGCUCAGGGUCAAAGUUCGAGUGGUCCUCGAAGACGGCAACGACAACGCGCCCACGUUUGCGCAACAGUCGUACGAAGUGUUUGUCAACGAGAGCGUCGCCGUGGGGACCACUGUCGUCGUGGUCGCGGCGUCGGACGCAGACCAUGGGGAGAAUGGUUACAUCACCUACAGCAUGGCGAGCCUGACCUCGCUCCCCUUCACGGUGCAUCAGUUCAGUGGGGUGAUCACUACCACACAAGAACUGGACUUUGAAUCCUCCCCUGAAAGCUUUACCUUUGUCGUUCGUGGCUCUGACUGGGGCUCCCCUUACAGACGUGAGAGUGAGGUUAACGUCACUGUACACCUGGAGAACGUUAAUGACAACCAGCCUCUGUUUGAGAAAGUAGAUUGCGUGGGGGUGGUCUCCCGUGACCUGCCAGUCGGUGAGGUCAUCACCACGAUGUCUGCUAUCGACAUUGACGAGCUGGAACUGGUUAAAUACAAAAUCCUCUCGGGAAAUGAACGGGGCUUCUUUGAGCUGAACCCAGAUUCUGGGGUCAUGACCUUACGCCGAUCUCUCACCACAGCAACCCCCAAAAACGGAGCAUUCAGCUUGAAAAUCACUGCCACAGAUGGGGAGAAUUUCUCAGAUCCCAUGUUUGUGAACAUUUCUGUGGUACAGGGGAAAUCCCCCCCCAAGACCUUCAGCUGCAAGGAGACGCAUGUUGCCCAAAGACUGGCAGAGAAACUUCUCAAGAAAGCCAAAGCCAACAGCAAACCCAAAACAGAGGAAGGUUUCAUCGAUCUGUUCUCUGUCAACCGACAGACGCCACAGUUUGACAAGUCCUUCCCUACGGAUAUAACGGUCGGAGAAGAUCUAGAGGUUGGCACAAGCAUCUUUCAGGUCAAAGCCUAUGAUGGUGACACUGGGUUUAAUGGGCAAAUCCUGUUCACCAUUGCUGAUGGCAAUUCAGAUAGCUGCUUCACCAUUGGUACGUUAAGCGGCGUGAUCAGUGUUUUCCUCCCAUUGGACCGAGAGCGGACAGAUCGGUACCUUCUUAACGUCACGCUGUAUGACCUGGGUCAACCGCAGAGAUCGGCGUGGCGUCUUCUCACGGUGUACGUAGAGGAUGCGAAUGACAACGCACCAGUCUUUCUGCAAGAAGGCGGUUACCAAGCUCGCAUACCCGAAAACACGCCCGUGGGCACAGAGGUGAUCCAGGUGGAGGCGACAGACAAAGACCAGGGUUCUAACGGAGAGAUCCAGUAUUCUUUACUCACCAGCACAGCUCAGUUUGGCAUCAACAGCUCCAACGGAAUCGUGUACGUGGCGGGUCAGCUGGACCGUGAAUACAUACCAUCGUUUGCUCUGAAAGUGGAAGCGCGUGACCGGGCCGAGAGGGCCGCCCAGCGGUUCUCCAUGACGACCCUUCGGAUUACCCUGGACGACGUCAACGACUGUCCGCCAGCGUUCAUCCCCAGUGUUGUAAGUGCCAGGGCGUUGGAGGACUUACCGGUGGGCACAGUUGUUGCGUGGCUGGACACACAGGAUCCCGACCUGGGCCUCGGUGGCCAGGUGCGGUAUUCGCUCGCCAGCGAUUACGACGGCCGCUUUGAGGUAGACAAAGCCAGCGGGGCCAUUCGGCUGACCCGGGAACUGGACUACGAGACGCAGCAGUUCUAUAACUUGACCGUGCGUGCGAAAGACAAGGGCCGUCCGGUCUCCCUCCUCUCUGUCAGUUUCGUGGAGCUGGAGAUAGUCGACGUGAACGAAAACCUCUACGCUCCUUAUUUUUCGGACUUCGCCCUGAGCGGAUCGGUUAAGGAGAGCGCUCGGAUCGGUACCUCUGUCCUGCAAGUUUCAGCCCGUGAUGACGACGCGGGCAGGGAUGGAGAGGUGCAGUACUCCAUUCGAGAUGGUAGUGGCCUUGGACGAUUCACCAUAGAUGAGGAAACAGGGGUGAUCUACACCACGGAUUUGCUAGACCGCGAAACACAGGAUUCCUAUUGGCUGACAGUAUAUGCCACUGACUUGGGGGUUGUCCCUCAGUCUGCAGCUCUACAGGUCUACAUACAGGUGGAAGACGUAAAUGACAAUGCCCCUUUGACCUCUGAACCCAUGUACCAUGCCUCUGUGCCUGAGAACUCCCCCAAAGAUGUGUCCGUCAUCCAGAUCCAAGCUCAGGACCCUGACAGUAUGACCACAGAGCCCCGCCUCUCGUUCCGCAUUGCCAGCGGCAACCCUCAGAACUUCUUCAGUAUCAAUCCACGCACAGGGCUCAUCACUACGACCUCUAGGAAGUUGGAUCGGGAGCAGCAGUCAGAACAUGUUCUGGAGGUGACAGUAUCAGAUGGCAGCUCCACACCCAGACAAACUACAGUAUGGGUGGUGAUUCAGGUCCAGGAUGUGAACGAUAACAAGCCUACGUUCCCGGAGAAGGUUUACCAGGUCAGGUUACCCGAACGCGGUCGUAAGCAACGCGGCGGUCCCAUUUACCGCGUGUUCGCUUACGACAGAGACCAGGGAGCCAACGCCGAUCUCACCUACAGCAUCGUCGACGGUAACGAGGACGGCAAGUUCUACAUCGAUCCCAAAACCGGUGUCGUCUCCUCUCCCAAAAAACAGUUUACCGCCGGCACUUAUGACAUUCUGACCGUGAAGGCUACGGACAACGGGCGGCCUCAGAGGUGGACGACGGCUCGCUUGCACAUCGAGUGGAUCCGCCGGCCUCCGCCCAAUCCGGUUCCUCUGAUGUUUGACGAACAGCUGUAUAACUUCACCGUCAUGGAAACGGACAGAGUGGCAGACAUAGUGGGUGUGGUCUCAGCCCAGCAGCAGAGUUCCAUCCCACUGUGGUUUGACAUCAUAGACGGUGACUCUGAGAGCGUUUUUGAUGUGGACAAGGGUGUUGGCACGAUCAUCAUCGCCAAACCGCUGGAUGCCGAGCAAAGGUCAUUCUACAACCUCACCCUGGAGGUCACAGAUGGAACCAACGUCGCUCACACUCAGGUGCAUAUCACAGUUCUGGAUAACAAUGACAAUGACCCAGUCUUCUCCCAGCCCACGUAUGACAUCACAAUCGCAGAGGACACGCCCCCUGACACGGAAGUGGUGCAGGUGUUGGCGUCGGACCGAGACGAGCGUCACCGUUUAACCUUUAGCCUCCAGAGUAGCGUUGACCCCAGCAGCUUACGCCUGUUCCGCAUCGACCCAAACACGGGCACGGUCUACACAGCCAGAAGACUUGACCAUGAGAGCCGGAGUCAACACAUUCUCACAGUCAUGGUAAAAGAUCAGGAGUUCCCGUAUAGGCGGAGUCUUGCUCGCGUCCUGGUCGGCGUAGAGGAUGUCAAUGACCACGCCCCCAUCUUCACCAUGGUGAUGUAUGAAGGGCAGGUGUAUGAGUCGGCUGCUCUGGGAUCAGCGGUGCUCACUGUAACAGCACUAGACAAAGACAAGGGACAGAAUGCUCAAAUCAGCUAUAGUGUCGACUCAGGCAAUACAGGGAGCACGUUCCGGAUUGAUCCAGUUUUGGGCAUUAUCUCAGUGGCACGGGAGUUGGACCUGUCCACCAUUGGUCACUAUGUUCUGACGGUUAAAGCGAUGGAUAACGGCUCACCCCCCCUCUCCUCCACUGCUGUAGUGCGUAUUGCCGUCACGCUGUCUGACAACGCUGGCCCAAAGUUCCCCCAAACCGAGUACCAGGGCGAGAUCGCCGAGGGCGUUGCCGUAGGUACCUCCGUGACCACGGUGAAUGCCCUGAGUCUGUCCACGCUCACCUAUGACAUUCGUCACGGCAACGGGGACAGAUCCUUCCGCGUCAAUCAGUACAGUGGCGUCAUCACAACACAAAGAACCCUGGACUAUGAGACGGUCUCCUCAUACACUCUCAUUGUCACUGCUACCAACAUGGCCGGACAGGCCUCCAACGCCACAGUGACUGUAAUUGUGCUUGACCAGAAUGACAACUCUCCGGUGUUUCAGCAGUUGCAAUACCAUGGUAGCAUUAGUGAGGGAGCAGGGCUGAACAGCGUGGUCCAGAGCGAGAACGGUCAACCUCUGGUCAUUCGAGCAACAGAUGCCGACCGCAACCACAAUGCAUUGCUGGUAUAUCAGAUCCAGGAGGAAGCAGCCCGGCGGUUCUUUACGGUAGAUGCUGGAACUGGAUCAAUUAGAACCAUAGCUCAACUUGACCACGAGACAACGCCCACGUUCCGGUUCCACGUCAGCGUGCGGGACAGUGGGCGUCCGCAGCUUUCAGCUGAGAGGCCUGCAGAGGUCACAGUACAGGUGCAAGAUGUUAACGACUGUCCACCACGCUUUUCCCAAGAUAGCUAUGAGGCAGUGCUCCUCCUACCCACAUAUGAGGGUGUGGAGGCUUUGCAGGUCUCCGCCUCCGACCCUGAUGGCGAUGGCCGAUCAGAAUUGACGUAUUCUUUGCCGGAUGGCAGCCUGGAACACUUUAGUGUGGAAGCAAGCAGUGGUCUGCUGACCGUAAGAAACAGCAGUUUCAGUAAGGAGCGUUUCCGCUUUAACGUUCGCGUUUCCGAUGGACGCUUUUCCAGCACAGCUCUAGUGACGGUGUUGGUGAGAGAGGCUCUGGACAGCGGCCUAGCCUUUACACACAGCGUCUACAAUGCCAACAUCCAGGAGAACAACGCUAACAUAACGACGGUCGCUGUGGUCACGGCACUAGGCAACCGUUUGAAUGAGCCGCUGCGCUACACACUACUGAAUGCAGGUGGGAAGUUUCGUAUCAGGCCCACAUCUGGAGCCAUCGAGACGGUUGGAGUGCCGUUAGACCGAGAGGAACGAGAGGAAUAUGGACUGCUCGUUCAGGCAGGUCGUGAAGAAGAUCGGCUUCGUGUAGCCCGUGCCCUGGUACGUGUACAUGUCACGGAUGUUAACGACAAUGCUCCCAUGUUUGUUGGGCUGCCGUACUACGCUGCCGUGCAAGUCGAGGCAGAGCCAGGAUCAGCCAUAUUCCGCGUGACGGCAGUGGAUCAGGACAAAGGACCAAACGGAGAGGUCAGUUACUUCCUGCAGGACGAGCUGGGACACUUCGAGAUGGACCGUGCGAGCGGGGAACUGCGCCUGCGUCGAGCUUUUGAGGUGGACCUGUCCAGCGUCGAGUACCAAGUGCUGGUGUUUGCCCGAGACGGAGGAACGCCGCCCCUCUCCGCCUCGAUCACCUUCCCGGUUACCGUGGUGAACCGAGCCAUGCCAGUGUUCGAUCGGCCGUUCUACACGGUGAGGGUGACCGAGGACGUGUCGGUGCAGACGCCGAUUUUGGGCAUCAAUGCCAGCAGCCCUGAAGGCCAGAGCGUACUGUACACCAUCACGCACGGAGACCCUGACACGCUGUUUUCCAUCGGCUUUGACACCGGGGUCAUUAGUGUCAUCGCCCCGCUUGACCAUGAGAUCAGUCCUGCCCACAGACUCAUUAUCAGGGCCACAGACUGUCUGACAGGUGCUCGUGCAGAGGUGGACGUGGAAGUGAUAGUUGUAGACGUGAAUGACAACGCUCCGGUGUUUGAGCAGCCGGUGUACCGCGCCGUAAUCUCAGAGUCAGCCAUGAUCGGCACAGCCGCUCUGCAGGUUCAAGCCACGGACAAAGACUCUGAAAAGAACGCCGUGGUUCGGUACCAGAUCAUCUCUGACAGGAAUAAUAGCACAGAUCACUUCCACAUUGACAGCAGCAGUGGCCUAAUUCUGACAGCACGUUCACUCGAUCAUGAAACUCAACAACGGUACGUCUUUGUUGUCAAGGCGACUGACAAUGGGUUCCCGCCACUGAGCAGUGAGGUGUGGGUGACGGUAGAAGUGACUGACACCAAUGACAACGCUCCAGUUUUUAACCAACUCUUGUAUGAAGCCUCAGUUAGCGAACUCGCCCCUAAGGGUCAUUUUGUCACUUGUGUACAGGCAUCAGAUGCUGACAAGUCAGAUGCGGAAAGGCUUCGAUACGGUCUGGUGUCUGGUAACGAGCGUAUGCUGUUUCAGCUGGAUGCAAAUUCCGGUGUGCUCAGUCUGAGCGGACAAAGGCGCGUUCAGCGUAUGCCUUCCACAGUCAGCUUGAAUGUGAGCGUGUCCGACGGAGUUUUCACCAGCACGGCUCAGAUACACGUUCGGGUGGAGCGAGCCAACCUCCAUUCCCCCCAGUUCACCCAGAGCAUGUAUGAGGCAGAGGUGAGGGAAAACGCAGCUCCCGGGGCAAAGAUUGUCACUGUCAGGGCCCAGGAUGCCGACCCAGCGGAGUUUGGAGAGGUCAAAUACACGCUGCUUUCAGAUGCAGCGAGAGAUUUGUUCAGUAUAGACAACAGUGGUCAGAUAUCGACUUUGGAACGGUUGAACCGAGAGGACCGGAGUGAGAUCAUCCUGAGCGUAGUGGCACAGGACAGCGGCGGCAGGGUAGGUUACUGCAACGUUCGGGUCACUGUGCUGGACGAGAAUGAUAACGGCCCACUCUUUCAGGCCUCCGAGUACCGUGCUAGCGUCCGGGCAGAAGUCGAGCCAGGUGCUCUUGUGACACAGGUGCAGGCGUUGGACGCUGAUCAGGGGGCUAACGGCCAAGUCAGCUACAGCCUGUACAGCGAAGCCAGCCCUCAGGUCACAGAGCUGUUGGACAUUGACCCUGACAGCGGCUGGGUUGUCACCAAAGGCGUUUUCGGCUCCCUGAGGGGAUCGGUGCUGUCGUUCUUUGUGAAGGCCUUGGACGGCGGAGCACCAGUCAGGCACUCUCUCGUGUCUGUUUACAUCCACGUUCUCUCCGCUGACGCCCAUCUGCCAGUCUUCAGCCAACCACAGUUCUCCUUCACCGUGCCAGAGGACACGCCCAUUGGUGGUAUGCUAGGUGCAGUACACUUGCAGUCUUUGCCUGGCCGCGCACCCCUGCCGGUGACUUUCUCAACUGUGACUGGUCAGACGCCGGAGAGUAACAGUGAGGGCGUGUUUGUGGUGGAUAGAGAGAGUGGUAUGAUAAAAGUAGACAAGCAGCUUGAUCGGGAACAGACUCAGGCUUUCCAUUUUAAGGUUGCUGUAACUCUGCAGCAAGGUCGAAUCGACGCAGUCAACAGUGUUGACGUGGAGGUCAAAGUCCUGGAUGUCAAUGAUAACAAGCCGACAUUUGAGUCAGAAGUCUAUGAGGCCUCUGUUAGUGAGGGCCUUCCUCCUGGCACCAGGGUCUUGCAGGUGAGAGCACAGGAUCCUGAUUGGGCAGCCAAUGGUCAGGUGACCUACAGUUUAACUCCACCGGGAUUGCCUGGUUCUGUUGGUGAGGAUCCUGAAAAGGGAGGAGCUUUUUUCAUGAUUGACAGUAACUCCGGUUGGAUCUCAACUUUGAAGGAGCUGGACCAUGAGCACCGCCCUGCUCACAUUCUAACGGUGUGGGCGUUCGAUCUUGGCGACCCCAUCAGUCAGUCGUCUUCAACGACUGUCACCGUUGCUGUUGGUGACGCCAAUGACAAUGUCCCAGAGUUCCUGCAGGCUCGUUACUACGGCAGCGUGCGUGAGAGUGAUGCCCCUGGUGAAGUUGUAGCUGUGCUGAACACACGUGAUGACGACAGUUCUCCUAUCAACAGACAGGUCACCUACCACAUCACAGGUGGUAACCGAGGAGGGGUGUUUGCCCUGGGCUUAGUGCAGGGGGAGUGGAAGCUGUACGUUAAACGUCCGUUAGAUCGAGAGGAACAGGAGUUCUACCAAAUCAACAUCACGGCAACAGAUGGACUCUUCGUUUCCACAGCAACUGUGGAAGUGACAGUAACUGACACCAAUGACAACAGCCCAGUGUGUGAACAGGUGGUGUAUUCAGUGUCAGUCUCUGAGGAUGUUCCUCUUAAUAAGCUGAUUCUGAGAGUUAAAGCCACAGAUGCGGACGCAGGCUCCAAUGCUCAGAUACAGUACUCCCUGUCUGGUCCAGGAGCAGAGGACUUCUCCAUCCACCCUUACACAGGUGAGCUGAAGACGGCCGGAGCUUUAGACAGAGAAAAAGUGGAGCGGUACUCUCUGGUCGCCCAGGCGACAGACGGCGGUGGCCUUUACUGUCUCGCAGAGGUGUCAGUGACGCUGUUGGAUGUCAACGAUAACCCCCCUCAGUUCAGCACGCCGCACUAUACAGCCAGUGUUUAUGAGAACACAGCCACCAAAGCCCUGCUCACACGCCUGCAAGCCAUCGACCCUGAUCUCGGUGUGAGUCGCAAGGUGGUGUAUUCCCUGGUGGACUCAGCAGAUGGUUUCUUUUCCAUUGAUAAGUCCUCGGGGAUCCUUGUGUUGGAACGUUUGUUGGACCGUGAGGUUCAGUCCUCGUACCAAAUCACAGUAAGAGCUUCAGACCAGGGUGUACCAGUGCGCCUGUCUUCCCUUGUGAACGUCACCAUCACCGUUUUGGACAUUAACGAUAACCCGCCAGUGUUUGAGAGGCGAGAUUACCUGGCCACGCUGCCGGAGGACGUCGCCGUGGGAACAGAGGUGGUGCGCGUUUAUGCCGCUAGCAAAGACAUUGGAACCAAUGCGGACAUCUACUAUAGCAUCCGCUCAGGCAACCAGCAAGGCCAUUUUACCAUCCAUAUCAACACAGGUGCAAUCUCCGUGUCUCGACCUCUGGACUUCGAGUCCUGCAAAGACUACUUUUUAACCGUGGAGGCUAGAGAUGGUGGGACUCCACCCCUUAGUGCCGUUACCAUGGUGAACAUCAACCUGACAGAUGUGAAUGAUAAUGCGCCGAUGUUCAGUCGUGACACCUACAGCACUUCCAUCAGUGAGGAUGCUAAUAUAGGAGACACUGUUGUGAAGGUGAUGGCAGAGGAUGUGGACAGCCAGGUGAACGGUGAUAUCCUAUACUCCAUCAUCAGUGGUGAUCGUGAGAACCAGUUCUUCAUCGAGCCGGUCACUGGUCAAAUCAAAGUCAACAAACAUCUGGACCGAGAGACAAUGCCAGGUUACUCGUUGGCAGUCCGAGCGUUGGAUAGUGGCACUCCUGCCAUGUCCUCCACCGUGCUGGUCAACAUCGACAUCACCGACAUUAACGACAACCCUCCCACCUUCAUCCCAGCCAAUCUAACCGCUGUCAUACAGGAAAACAAGCCUGUGGGUACCAGCAUCCUCCAGCUGUCUGUCAUUGAUAAGGAUGCAGCCCAUAAUGGUCCACCAUUCCUCUACCACAUCAUUGCAGGAAAUGAGGGGGCGUGGUUUAAGUUGGACACAGAGGGUCUGUUGACUUCCAAUCGCAUGUUUCAAAGGACAGAGGGGACAGAGUAUGCAAUCCAAGUGCAGGCCCGUGAUUCCGGAAGGCCGUCUCUGUCGUCGACGGCGAUGGUGCUGGUGCGCGUGAUAGAGGAGAGCGUGCACAAACCCGUGGCGUCUCCGCUGCAGGUGCACAUCGUUACCAUGGAGGAUGAAUUCCCGGGCGGUGUUAUCGGUCAGAUCCACGCCACGGACCAGGACGUCUUUGAUAUCCUCACCUACGGACACACACAUCAACAAAACAGCCUUUUCAAGGUCAGUCCACGCGACGGCCGUAUCAUUGCUCUGAGUGGUUUGGAUGCUGGUCACUACACACUCAACGCGACGGUGACAGAUGGACGCUUUUCCGUGAACGUGCCCGUGACCGUUCACGUGGAACAGGCCUCGGUGGAGAUGCUGCGCGAUGCCGUGACUGUGCGGUUCGACCGUGUCACUCCGCAAGACUUCGUCACCCUCCACCUGCCAGCUGUGCGCCGUGUUCUGUCCGCCGUCAUGGCAACCCAGCGUCCAGAUGCUCUUCACAUACUCAGUGUUCAGCCCGUGGAGACCACAGGGCAGCUAGACCUGCUCGUUGCCGUGGAGACGGCGGAAGGAGGGUUCUACAAAGCCGCGUUUGUGACCCAGAAGCUAAGCUCGGCUCGUAGGCAACUGGAUCAGGUUCUAAGGGUCUCGGCGGUACUGGAUAAGAACUGUUCUGGGCUGGACUGCAGGGAGGCCCAGUGUGAACAGACCAUCACACUAGACUCUCACAGUCUGGUUACAUACAGCUCCACUAAGACCAGCUUUGUGUCUCCACGUUUUCACAGGGCUACACGCUGUGUGUGUACUGAUGGCAGCUGUGCAGCAGGCUCUGAGCUGUGUGAGGAGAUGUCGUGUCCUGGAGACAUGCAGUGUGUGGGCACAGACAGCAGCAAGGGGCCGUACGCAUGCCAGUGCCCACCUGGCAAACUGGGAGAGUGUGCAGGACACACGUCUCUGAGUUUCUCUGGGAACAGCUAUAUAAAGUACAGAGUGAGGGAUGGAGCGGAUAUGGCUGAAAUGAAACUGGGUCUCAGAAUCAGAACUCUGCAGAGCAAAGGAAUCAUCAUGUCCACACGCGCUGACCCCUGCACGAUACUGAAGAUAGAGGAAGGAAAACUAUGGUUCCAGUUAGACUGUGGAAACAGUCCUGGCAUCCUGGGCAUCUCCGGACGGGCAGUUAACGACGGCAACUGGCAUCAGGUCACCCUGGAACUGAGCGGGAAUUUCAGCAGCCUUUCUCUGGACGACAGCUACGUGGAACGGAGGAGGGCUCCGCCCAAAUUCCGGCCCCUGGGGGCCGAUUCGUCCAUCUAUUUCGGGGCCCAGGUAUCCCCGCCGGACUCCCGGAGCCUGAUGGAGCGUAAAGGUCCGCGGGUUACGAACGGGUUCCAGGGCUGUCUGGACUCCGUGGUUCUGAAUGAGAAUGAGCUGCCGCUGCAGAACAAGAGGAGCCCCUUUGCGGAGGUGGUGGGGUUGACGGAGCUGAAACUGGGCUGCGUGCUCUAUCCAGACGCCUGCACCACACAGCCUUGCCUCAAUGGAGCCACGUGCAUCAGCCUGCCCUCUGGAGGCUUCUCCUGUAGUUGCGGCGCUUUGUACACUGGGGGGCGCUGUGAGACUGAGAUUAGUGUGUGUAUGCCAAACCCCUGUCAGAACGCCGGAGUAUGUAAACCAAUUGGCAAUGCAUUCAUCUGCAGCUGCAAGAGAGGAUACACUGGAGUCACAUGCGAGGAGGACGUGAACGAAUGCGAACGAGAGCAGUGCGAAAACGGCGGGAUGUGUGUGAACACGUUCGGCUCGUUCUUCUGUAACUGCACGCCGGGCUUCGUGGGCCGCGUGUGCGCCGUUCGCCCCGUCCUGGUGCCGGACAUGCAGGCGGGCCACGCGUACGUGGGGAAGGAAGAGCUGAUCGGGAUCGCCGUCGUCCUCUUCCUCAUCCUCACCCUCAUCCUCCUCUUCAUCGCCUUCCGGAAGAAGGUCUUCCAAAAGAGCUAUUCUCGGAAUAACCUGUCUCUGGUUCAGGACCCGGCGACGGCGGCGCUGCUGCACAAAGCCAACGGCGGUCACUACCCGACCCUACGGUGCGCGGUGGGAGAGCCAAUCAGCCUCUACGCCGAGGGGGGCGUGUCCGCGCCCCCCCAGGUCCCCGUCAGACCCAUGGCCUACACGCCCUGUUUCCCUGGCGACACCCGCGGAUCCCUGGAGAAGAGAGGGGAGGGGCGAGGGGUGGAGCUGACCGAGAUGAGCACCUUUCACCCGGAGUCGCCACGGAUACUGAGCGGGACCACGCGAAGGGGGGUCGUGGUGUGUAGCGUCGCGCCCAACCUGCCACCCGUGUCGCCAUGCCGAUCUGACUGUGACUCGCUGCGCAAAAGCCCCUGGGAAAACGAGGAGGGGAAAGUGGACAUGUUGGAGGAAGUCACUUGUUUCUCUGGUAGCAACAAAGGCAGCAACUCCGAGGUCCAAUCACUGAGCUCCUUUCAGUCUGACUCCUGUGAUGAUAAUGCCUCCAUAGUGACGGUAAUUCGACUCGUCAAUGACGCAGUUGACACGAUCGAAAACGAAGUGUCUGUCAUGGAUCAAGGUCAGAGCUACAACAGAGCGUAUCACUGGGACACUUCUGAUUGGCUACCCAGCACACGGCUACCGGACAUCGAGGAGGUGCCCACCUAUGAGACGGGGGAGGUGGGCGUGGCCCUGGAGACGGAUUACUACCUGGGCGGAUUUGACAUUGACAGCGACUACCCGCCCCCUCAGGAGGAACAGUUUCUGUCCCAGGACCAAUUACCCCCGCCCCUCCCGACAGAGGAAUACGACACACUGCCCGCGAAUCGACCCGUUUCCACGGAGAGCACCCUGAGCGGCGGCCGCAGGUCCCGCCCACAGUUCCACCCCAGCCAAUACCUGCCCCCGCACCAGCUGCCGGCCGGCGCCGGGGGGGAGGAGUUUAGCACUUUCGCGGGCGGAGAAGAAGGGGAGACGCUAAGCAUGCGCCUGUCCGUCAACGCCUCGUCGGCCUCGGACGUCUCCGCCCCCUGCGGCUUCGAGGAUUCCGAGACGGGAGGAAGUCUGGACAGUCUAGAGGAUUCACACUCGCAACCACACACACAACAGACAGAAGUCUGA